AUGAUAAUCCAAUUAUUUAUUCUUUAAGUUGCUAAAGCAUAAAUAUAAGAAUGGGAUAACUAUUAUAAUGCUUUUGUUAAUAAUAAUAUGAGUGAAUCGGAAUGUAAAUUAAUUAUUCAUAAAUAGCUUGGUUGAUCAUAGGAGCAUUUAAUCAAAAUUAUAUAAAAGAUUGUUCUGGAUAGAAUAUUUUUGGAGGAUAUACUACAUUUGGAGUUGGAACAGCAGUAUACUAAUUAUUUUAUCUUCCUCCUCAUUAUUAGAUUAGGAUUAAAUUAAAUUUCUGGAAGUAAAUAGAAUAAUUAUCAAUUUAUAGAUUAGGUUGUUGGGAAAAUGAAAGAUUAUAUAUAAUAAUUGAUGAAUUAGUUUGGUAAUAACAGUUUACUUGUUCGUAAGGUACCAGUUAAUGCGGAUACAGUUUCAAUGAUUUAUAAUUUCCAAUUGAAAUAAUAACUCCACAUAAAUCAGAAACUUUAGUUAUUCUUCUUAAGGCUAGUUUAGAUGGUAUAUCGGAUGUAAAUGUUAACAAUUAUAUAAGGAAUCAUGGGGAUUUAAUAACUUCUAUAUUGAUAUUUUAAAAUGUGCUCCUGAUUGCCUUCUUUGUAAUGAGAAUUCAUCUGAUAUAUGUAAACCAGGAAUGGAUAUCCCAAUUGAAUGGAUUUCUAAAAUAAAUGUUGAAGGAUGGCUUUUAAAAAAUGCUCUGCCUGCUUAAUCAACUACAUGUCUUGAUAAAAUAUCUCUAAUUGGAGGAUAUCAGAUUUUAAGAAACUCUGAUUUAUUAAUAACUAAAAUUAUACUCGAUCCUCAUUAUCUACUAAAAUUUUAAGUGAAAAUAUGGCUUAUUGAUAUUCAAGGGCUAGCUAACUCUUUUAAUAUUGCUAUUGAUGGGAUUAAAUAUGCACUUAAUAUUAAUUCUGUAGGUUCAAUUUCAUUAUGUACUUUAUCUCCAUAAGAAAGUAUUUAAAAUAUUGAUUGGAAUUUUACUCAUUAGAAUCCUGAAAUUGAAUUUUAAUUUAUUCCUACAUCAUUAGUUGGAUCAAAUUCCUUUUGGGCAUUAUUUAAUUUUAAUUUAUUUAUCUUUAAAUGCCAUUCGAAUUGUAUUAAAUGCUUGGGAAUCUUAAAAACUGACUGUUAGAUUUGUGCAGAAGAAUGGAUAAAAGAAGAUGGAGAAUGUAAUAGAAGUAUGAUUUGAAUUAUAUUUAGUCUAAAACCCUCUUAAAAUUACUAAAGCAUAAACCUAAUACAUUUUUAAUUAAUCUAUAUCUAUCCCCUUUUUAUUUAAACUUUAAUAAAUUGAAUUUCCAAACAAUUCAGGUUAUUUCAAAAGAGAUGAAAAUAAAAUUGAAUUUGAAGUCAAAGUCUAAUGUGUCAAUAACGGCUAUAUUAAAACUGUAAUGCAAUUCUGCCAUUCCUGUAAAGGUUAUAAUGUUUAUUCUUAAACUUUUUAAUGUGACGCAUCUAAGUAAACAAUAAUUUACUUUUAAAUUUAAUUAGAAAAAUUAAAUAUCACUUCGAAAGAAGAAUAUUUAAUUACAACAAAUAAUACAUAUUUCCUAAUGGAAUAGGUAUAUUAUAAUCGUGUAAUAAGAUAUGGAAAAAUUCUUGAAAUUUCCUUAUUGAAUGAAUGA